AUGAAAAAAUUCAGCAAAAGUUCAACAGAACGUAGUCGCGAGUUUCGUGCACGUAAAAAACAAUUAUUGAACAAUCAAAAUAGAUGUUCAGAUAUAAGUGUCAAUGUGACUGAUGUAAUAAAUGACCACUCUCAGCAACAAAAUAGUGUUCCAACGGGAUAUAAUUUAGUAAAUAAUGAUUAUAACCCUCCAGUAGAUGUACAGCCAGAAAUUCCAUACUCACGGUUUCGUCGAAAUAAGUUUGCUCAUAAAGAAUUUAACGACAAGUUUUUAAACAAUAUGUUUGGUCAUAAGUGCUCCGUUUGUGAUCGAUUGUGGUUUAAGUUAGAUUUAAAAUCACCACGUGCUGAAGAUGAACAAUUAUUAAGGGUAAUAGUUGAAAAUUACAAUACAGUUGAAGAUAUUUUACUGUGCAACACGUGUUACCAAGCAAUUGGGAGGAAAGUGAUUCCUAUAAUGUCUACUUAUAACGGUUUUAAAUAUGAAAAAAUACCUGAGGUUUUACCACCGCUUGACUUAAUUUCGGAAAGACUUGUCUCACCACGAGUUCCAUUUAUGCAAAUUCGACGGUUACGACAUGUUCAUGGGAAAUAUGGAAUUUAUGGACAAAUCAUUAAUGUACCAGUCGAGGUAAACAAUAUGGUAAAACUCUUACCCCGUAAUGUCGAUGAUGAUUACUGUAUUAACGUACACAUUAAAAGAAAAAUAAUACAUAGAUCAAGCUAUUUAAUGGGACUAGUUAAUAAAAGGACAAUUCGUGCAUGGCUUCAGUAUUUGCUUCAAACUCCACUUUAUUUAUUUUACGAUAUUAAAAUUGAUGAAAGCUUCUUCAACAAUAAUAGUAAUAAUGAAAUCGAUCUAGAAGAAAUGAGUGAAGAUAUACCGGUCGAAGAGAGUCUAACAGCACAACAGAAAACUCUACUUUGGAAUGAAGAUAUGUAUUUACGGAUCGCUCCUGGAGAAUAUAAUAUUCCCAAAAGUAUAAUUUUUGAUGAACAUGCCGAAGAACUUUCUUUCCCAUCGAUUUAUUUGGGUCAUUUCCGAAAAUUCAGAGAGGGAGUAAAUGCAACACCGUUCGCAAUAGCAACUAGCGAAUUACGAAGAUCAGAUCGGCGUGGAGUUACUCCACAUCAUUUAUUAUAUCUAGCAAUGAAAAUUAUGAGGUUAAGAGUUCGUGACUCGCUUACGAUUGCAUUUAAACAUGUGGGAAAAAAUACUAAUAUUACACGGCAGCAAGUUGAGUCAGCUGACUACAUUAAUAAUUGUAUCGAAAGUAAUUUAGCUUUUCUGCGCUCAAUACCAAAUUCAGUAUGGUAUUGGAGCGAUCGAAAAAGAGAUCUUUUUGCGAUGAUUCGGCAACUAGGAAAACCUACGAUGUUUCUUACUUUGAGUGCCAAUGAAAUCGGAUGGACCAAUUUAAUACAAUUAUUGUACAAAUUAAAAAAUAACGGUACUGAAAUUUCAGCUGAACAAGCUGCGUCACUGGAUUACAUAUCUAAGACUACACUAGUGAAUGAAGAUGCUGUGACCUGUGCUAUCUAUUUUAAUAAAAUAGUCAAUAUAUUGAUAACUAUUCUCCAAUCAAAGAAGAACAGCCCAUUUGGAAAUUAUUAUGUUGUCGACUAUUUUAAACGAAUUGAAUUUCAGCAUCGUGGUAGUCCUCAUGCACAUAUUUUAUUGUGGCUGAAUGACGCUCCAUCAAAUCCUCUUGGUACAAACUAUCAAGAUACUGUAAUGAUGAUUGAUCAAUUGAUAUCAAUUUCUUCAUCAGAAGCUUCUGGACAUAUUCGCUUGCAAAGUCACAAACAUACCUUUACCUGUUAUAAAAAAGUACAUGCCAAUCAACCUCAGAAAUGCCGAUUUGAUGCUCCAUUUAUGCCAUGUAAAUCCACUACAAUAUUAAAACCAAUGCAGAAAGAUCAUCCAGGAUAUGCUGAUUACGCUAAGCGGUAUAAACAAAUACAAAUUAAUCUUGAGAACAAUGAUUACGAGAAUAUUGAAAUGUUUUUAUGCACAAAAUCAUAUAACUUCUGA